AUGUCUUCAUUUGUUUCUCCUGGAGCAAACGCUACGACGCCAACCUAUAAGCAUGGGUUUCAAACAUCAGAAGUUGGCGAUAGACCAGCAGUAAGUAUGGCUUCUCAGCCAGAAUCUACUGGGAUGGUGGAAGACGAUAAUUUAGUAAAAAGAAAACCAUUUGCAGCCAUUGGGGAUGCGAUUCCUAAAGUGGUGGAUACAACUGGUGAGUCUGUUCGAGAAACGUUUCAAGAUUUUUUAGAAAGCUUUAGUGAGGAUCGCGUUGACGAGAUGGGCGCACCAUCUUCGUCUGCUAUGUCAGAAAAAUAUUAUAUUUCUCAGAUACAUGGUCUUGCCAUGUAUGAAAUUCAUACUGUGUAUGUAGACUUUAAUCACUUGACUACCUUUAAUGAUGUUUUGGCUCUCGCAGUUGUAGAGCAAUACUAUCGAUUCACCCCAUUUUUAUCUCGUGCGUUGCAGCAACUGGUUGAAAAAUACGAACCAGAAUAUUAUAGAAACUCUUUAUCACAAGCCAAUGCUUCUUUGUCUACUGCAAAUCGACCAAGCGACAAAGCAUUUGCUCUUGCAUUCUAUAACCUUCCUUUUCGCUCUACUAUUCGAGAUUUACGUACUGAUCGUAUUGGUCGUUUAACAACAAUUACAGGAACUGUCACUAGAACUUCAGAAGUCCGUCCAGAGCUGGCCCAUGGUACUUUUAUAUGUGAAGAAUGCCAUACUGUAGUUCCACGCGUCGAGCAGGCGUUUCGCUAUACUGAGCCAACGCAAUGUCCCAACGAACUUUGCGCUAAUAAGCGUACUUGGCGCCUUAACAUUUCUCAGUCCACCUUUCAAGACUGGCAAAAAGUACGCAUUCAAGAAAACAGCAAUGAAAUACCCACUGGAUCCAUGCCACGGACGUUAGACGUGAUUAUUCGUGGUGACAUCGUAGAAAGAGCAAAAGCCGGUGACAAGUGUGCAUUUACGGGUACACUAAUUGCAGUCCCCGACAUUUCGCAAUUGGGAAUUCCGGGAGUAAAGCCAGAAGCCUACCGAGAUUCUCGGGGAUUCAGUGCUGGUAGAGAUUCAGGUAGCGAUGGUGUAACAGGCUUAAAAUCUCUUGGUGUCCGUGAUCUGACUUAUAAACUUUCUUUUCUUGCUUGUAUGGUUCAGCCAGAUGAUGCGAAUGAUCGUAAUGCUGCAGAUGUUCGUGGUGAUGGUUCCCAAGGGAUAGAAGCUCAAGAUGAAUUCCUACAGUCGCUUUCACAAGCUGAAAUUGAUGACCUACGUGCUAUGGUACAUUCAGAUCAUAUAUAUUCACGUUUGGUGAACUCUUUAGCUCCGUCGGUGUACGGCCAUGAAAUAAUUAAGAAAGGUAUCCUUCUACAAUUAAUGGGGGGUGUUCACAAAGAAACUCCUGAAGGGAUUAACCUCCGUGGUGACAUUAAUAUUUGCGUUGUAGGCGAUCCAAGUACUUCCAAGUCACAGUUUUUGAAAUAUGUAUGCAAUUUCCUUCCUCGCGCGGUUUAUACAUCGGGUAAAGCAUCUUCAGCUGCUGGUCUUACAGCUGCAGUCGUAAAGGAUGAGGAAACCGGUGAUUUUACAAUUGAAGCCGGUGCACUCAUGUUGGCGGAUAAUGGAAUCUGCGCUAUUGACGAAUUUGACAAGAUGGAUCUGUCAGAUCAGGUUGCUAUCCAUGAAGCUAUGGAACAACAAACAAUUUCAAUAGCUAAAGCUGGUAUUCAAGCUACCUUAAAUGCUCGUACUUCCAUUUUGGCUGCCGCUAAUCCCAUCGGUGGGCGUUAUAACAGAAAGACUACUUUGCGUAAUAACAUUAAUAUGUCGGCUCCUAUCAUGUCACGUUUUGAUUUAUUUUUCGUUGUGCUAGAUGAAUGCAACGAAUCGGUCGACCGUCAUCUGGCUCAACACAUUGUCAAUGUUCAUCGCUUACGAGAUGAAGCUAUGCAGCCGGAAUUUAGUACAGAGCAAUUGCAACGAUAUAUGCGUUAUGCCCGAACGUUCAAACCAAAGUUAAAUAACGAAGCUAGAGCCGAGAUAGUGAAAAAGUAUAAGCAACUUCGUAUGGACGACGCUCAGGGAGCUGGAAAGAACUCUUAUCGGAUUACCGUACGUCAAUUAGAAUCUAUGAUUCGUCUUUCAGAAGCAAUUGCUCGUGCAAAUUGCGUCGACGACAUUACACCUGCUUUUGUCAACGAGGCUUAUUCCCUUCUUCGACAAUCCAUCAUUCACGUUGAACGUGACGAUAUUGAGGUUGAAGAGGAAGACGCAGAAGCGAAAGAGCGAGAAGCUGGUUCAGCAGAUGCGAUGCAAGUAGAUCAACAAGAAACAACCACUGAUACCCAAAAAUCAGAAAAGCCGAAGUUGAAGAUUACCUAUGAAAAAUAUGUGUCAGUUAUGAAUGGCAUCGUUCGCGUUUUACACGAACACUCUGCCGAGGAUGGUACUGAGGGAAUGAUUGCUAGUAAUUUAAUUCAAUCUUACCUUGAACUUCGAGAAGACGAAUUGCAUACCGAAGAAGACAUUAUUUUUGAGGUAGGUAUUGUUCGCAAGGUUUUAACACGUCUUGUUCAUGAAUCCAUUAUCAUGGAAAUUCAAAAUAAAGCAGACAGUGAUGUUAAACUGCCAUUUGAAGAACGUGUCUUCUCCAUACAUCCUAACUGUGACUAUGAAGCGCUCGUUAGUAAUGGAGAGGUCGACGCAUAG